UUGAUGCUUGUUGAUGUCGAUCUAAGUUAGUUGAUUUGAGAUUCUAGAGACCAAGUGACAUAGAAAGCAUAGAAAAAAUCAGUUAGUUGAUAUGUAUGAAUUUUUUCAUGUUAGUCUCAAUGUAUGAAUUGGUAGUUUUAAUGAAUUGUUAGUUUAUGUGAUAUUCAUGGGUUGUUAGUAGGUAUUCAUCAAAAAGAACAUGAGUUGCUACUUCAUGUGUUAUUCAUGAACUUACACCUUACUAUUUUUCUGUAAUUGUAGGACAAUGCCAGACCUAGUGUGGGAGCAUGGCCAAAAGAUCAGGGGUGGUUUCAAAUGCAAGUAUUGCAGGGAGGAGAAGAGUGGGGGAGGAGCAACAAGGUUCAAAGAGCAUUUGGCACAUAGGGGGAAAGAUGUGAAGGACUGCCCUUCGGUUCCAGCCGAAGUUAAGGCCUUCUUUAGUGAGCAGUUGGACAGGAACAAGGCUAGAGCUAAAGCAAGGGCCCGAGAAAAGCUCCUGAGGGACCAAUCUGCAAGGAGGCCGCACAUUGAUCUAGAGAAAGAGGAAGGCCAGGGGCUCGACGAGGAUGCAGAACUACAAGCGGCCUUACACCAGUCCCGCCAAGAGUAUGAAUUUAUGCAGCAAGCUGGGCCACGAUAUGAUAGGGGUGGCGGAUCGGGUGGUGGUGUUGGAGGCAGUGGUGGACCGCUGCCUUCGAUGUUCAGAAGGAGCCAGUCACAAGUCCCCGAGAGGGUUAGGGACUACCAUCUAGGGUUGAGCAGUGGUCCACGGCAGCAAAGGAUUGAUACCGGCCCAUGGACUGUCAAGGGGAGGACAUCAAGAGAGCUUCUAGGGAGGGCAUGGGCGAAGGCGUGCCAUGCUGUCGGUAUUCCCGGCCGGAAAGUCGAUGACCCAUACUUUAAAGCUGCGAUCGUGGAGACCCAGAAACAAGGUGUUGGAAUCAAAAUACCAUCAGGGAGGGAGAUAGAUGGAAAAUAUUUGGAUGAGAAUGUGAAGGAGAUAGAGAAAGAGAUAGAGAAGUGGAAGAACGAGUGGGAUGAAUGUGGAGUCACGAUCAUGUGUGAUUCGUGGACGGGGCCUAUGCGUAACUCGGUCAUUAAUUUCUUGGUGUAUAGCGGUGGCACCAUGUAUUUUUUGAAGUCCAUCAAUGCGUCCGACAAAAUACAGGACCAUCAAUACUUGUUGAAGGAGAUACGAGCAGUGGUCAUGAAAGUGGAGCCUCACAAUGUGAUUCAGCUUGUCACGGAUAAUGGUUCGAACUACAAAAAAGCCUGCAAAAUUAUAUGUCAUGAGUUCCCUACCAUUGCAUGGCAGCCUUGCCUUGCCCAUACCAUCAACCUUAUGCUGAAGGACAUAGGGAAGUGGCCGGAGCAUGAUGCUUGUAUUCGAAGCGCGCAACGAAUUUGCAGCUGGCUCUACAACUCCAACAGUUUACACAGCAUGAUGAGGGAAGCCAUCGGAGGAGAGUUGGUCAAGUGGAAUGUAACAAAAUUUGGGACCAACUACAUGUUCCUUGAAAGCAUGUAG